AUGAUUGCUAGAAUGGCCAUUCGCGACGAUAGUGAUUCCUCCUGUGCGGUACUGAAUAGCUUGCUGGCGUGGGCAGUCCUCGUCAAGUAUGGAAACCCAAAGCACGCCACUAAAUUCGUGGCUACAGCUUUGAGCUCGCUCAAAGUCUCCAUGCGAAAUGGAAUCGGGCGUCAAGAGGCCUUGCAACACAUCAUUGCGGGUAUACUUAUCUGCUCAUUAGAGAUGCAUCUGUUCUCUCAGUCCUCACCAGUCUGGCUUUUGUAUCUAUCCGGGACGAAAAAUAUUAUCAAUCAAUUCUACCAAGAUAAUGCUACAGAAGAUACAGACCAAACCCUUUUAUUUCAGUGGGUGUUCUACUUCGACACGCUUGCAAGACUUGGUAUGAGACAUUGGAAUGGCCGUCAGUCUCUUGGGUUGCAGUUGUCGAAAGGAUUGGGCUUAGAGAAAGGAAUUCCCCAGUUCACUUUCCAUGAGAUAACCAAGCAUGGGAGACGUACGAACAAGAUUAUGGAACUAUUCUCUGAAUUUUGCUACAAUGUGUUAUCCCCUGAUGACCCGCGUUACUUUUCUGUGGAGUACAUAUCCUGGCUCGGCAAUAUCGAGAAUCAGCUUAUCUCCAUCCGCGAACAAUUACAACAACGUGUGACUCUACCUGACUUCAAUGGAGAAUCGGAGAGUUUCGCUGUCAGAGAACUGUUUGUACUGGCUAUACUGGUAUAUUUCACGAAAAAAUCGACAAAGCUGAUCGGAUCAUCGAGCAAGACCAACGAAUGGAUCGAGAGCGCGUUUCAGAUAUUAUCGGAAAUCGAGCACUGCAACAAACCCUUUCCGUUGUUUAUCUUUGGCCUUGAGGCGCGAACAGACAACAAGAGAGUCCUCAUUCUCGAUCUUAUUGAUUGCACCGCUGAAAAGUUCAAUGGUAGAGGUCUAGUCUCGGUGAGGAAAUUGCUUGUGAAAUCAUGGGUGCAAUACGACCUUAAUGCAGGUGAUUAUUUGCGCCAAGGAAGGGACAUGUGCUCUUUUCUGAGCAUUUGUAAUUUUGUGCCAUGUUUGAUAUGA